UAGGUUGUGUCUAAAACUAUGAUGGAUACUAAUGGGAUUAUUCCAUACCCUGGAUUAUAAGAUUUAUCUUCAACAAUUGAUUAAUUAAUAUCGUGAAAGUGGAUACUGACACUGGGAAAAAGAUGAUGACGAUAAAAAUUUCAUUCGUAAUAUUUUGUUUAACUAAUUUCGCAGCCACAGUGUCAUCUGAAUACCACUGUUGCCAAAAUGAGCUUUGUCCAAUUGACUGUGUAAGAUGUGAUGGUAAACCAACAUGUUAUGAUUUGUCUGACGAACUUGGGUGUAGCAACGAAACAGAUAAAAGAUUACUGUCAUAUGAAAAGCCACCCGUUUUCGUUCCAACAAUACUAGCGGUUUUAAAGGCACAACUUAGACGUGAAAAGGUGGAACUUAGUUACCGUUUCCCAGAUCGUAACUGUUUCGAACCGGUUACCUCCUCCCCGAUCACAACCACAGAAACUCCUGCUUGGUUGCAACUUUUGAUAAAAUUAAAAGAAAGCCUUGGAAUCACUACAAAGCCAACAACAACAACCACAGAAAUGCCAAUUUGGAAGAUGCUUCUAAAUAAACUGAGAGCCGAGGAAAGAGGGGAGGUGUAUACCAUUACUCCUCCUACGAAACAAUGGGUAAAGGUGUACAAAACAACGACACCUGUAUAUAAGCCUUCUCAAACGCCACCAUGGCGACGCACAGCCGUUCCACCAAUAACAGAAUCACCGAUGACUAAAGACCACCCUUCAACAAAUAUUCCUUAUCAAACUUCAACAACUGGAUUUGUAGACCAAACAACAUCAAUCUCUAAUGCACAGGAUACUAUAAAUGGAAAAGAAGAAGCCACAACUGAGAGUUUAAAGCAAGCUACAAGUGCAAUAAUGGAAGCAGCAAAGAGCGAAAAUAAAGGCAUAAUUACUACUACAACAUUACACGAAAUAGCAACAAAAAGUAAAGGUAAGAUAACAACACUAAUGCAAAACAAAACAACUACUGAAAUGAGAGAUCAAACAACUACAAUGACCACAGAGCCAGCAACCUCUGAAGAGAUGACAACAAACGAUGAACUAACUAGCACUACGGACACAGUUACUCCAGGAACUGUAAAACAAACUGUGUUUUUUACAACACCUCACCAACAAAUUGUUACCAAGCUAAACCAACAAGAAAUUGUUACUCCGAUUGCACCGCGAAUAUCCACUUUAAAUGACUCCGAUACAACUACUUCGGCAGCAUAUCACAAAACUACUUCUGAUAGAAAUAAUUCUGAAAAUGUAUCAUUUGUAGAAGAUAUGACACCAUUGCAUUACACCAUUACUGGAAACGAAACAAAUAAUUCAAGUUUUGUAACAGGAAGUGGUGAAAUAAGUGUUAACGUAAAUGUUGAAACUGAAACCUUAAGAGAAAACGUACAUUCAAAUGUUACAAAUAUAACUGAAGUGUCAACGCAAAAAAUCAAAACAUCUACGACGACAACACCAAAUUUGCCAUUAGAAACAAAUUCAACAAUAUAUGCAAAUUUUAAUCAAUCAAAUAAACACUUAGAUAAAAAGAUGACAUCACCAAAUAGUUCUGACAUUAUGUCGGUUACAACAGAUCUACCCUUGUUUUUGGCUACCGCAGAUUUUGGUGUAACAAUUUCAACGGAAUAUGCAAAGACAGUUACCGAAUCAGAGACACCUGCUCCUCUUCCAAAGAAAGUGAUAUCAACUGCUCGGGAAAGGGAACUGCUGAGCGAUAAUAUGAAUGUGAGCUUUACAAAUGACGAUUCAUUACUUAAUUGGAAUAAAUUCAGGGGACUGCAGGGACCUAAAUAUGAAAAUGCGGAUGAUAACGGUCAAACAUAUGUAAAAACGUCAGAAUUUGUAAAGAACGUUUUAAAGAAUGAUAACGGCAAUGAUAUAAGUUCAAAUGUAUCGGAACCUACUUUAAAAUCGGAUAUUUCUGAGGUCAAUAUGCUUGUUGGAAAGUUGCUUGCAAAUUACUCAAAUUCGAAUGUGUCUCUGCUAUCUGGAAAUUUAACGAGUUCCGAUUUUAUUUAUCCUAGUCUAGAGACAAAAAUGAAAGAGAAAGAAAAAGAAAGAUUGAAUUAUGAUGUAAUUGAAACAAAGGAAUCUCUACCAGACAAAUCAGAUUCUGGUUACACGUUGCGUGAAACCAGUAUACUUGGCUUUGAAACAUAUAAUAACUCAAAUAAUAAAGAUAUUCAAAGUAACAAUACACCGGCAGUAAAUAGAGACGAUAGUAUUGCUGUUUCCAUUGUUAAGAAGCAAAGUAAAGUGAUGGGAACAUUAAAAGAUAGAGUGGCAACCUCAUCCUUACAAAUUAAUCCCGAAAAUGAAGUAAGAAUAAUGUUAGGAAAGUUGAACGCUCUUGUUAGGAAAGCAUUAGACUCAUCAAAUGCACGAUCAAAACUAGUAAUGAAAGAAUUAAAUCUGGCUCGAGCAGGAACAAAUAUGGUACACAAUACUAAAACGGAAAGUUCUGGCUUUGGUAUACAAGCAACAAAAAGUCCCACAUUUGCUGUGCAACCACCAACGACAAAAAGGACAGAAGGCUUUCGUAUGCAACCAACAACAAAGUCACCAAUUUUUUCCAUUCAACCAACAACGAGGACACAUAUCGAGCACUAUCCACAAAUUUUACAAUCUCAAAAUGUACCAUCUCAAAAUAUUCGAUCACAGGAUUUAGAAUCUAAACAUUUACAAACUCCGAAAGUUCGACAUCAAAGUAUACAGCCUCUGUUUAAUCUACCUCAGGUUAGAAAACCUGAAAUCACAACGCCAUCUUCUGUAAAUAAGCCUCCUGUUAUUCCGCAGCCAGUAAAACAGUCUAAUGUUGUACAGCCUGCAACUGUUCCACAUAUUCCCGGUAAUACUGCUACUAUUUCUCCAUGGUGGCAGCAAACCACAUUGUCUCCGUUCUCGUUAGACAACUUGUUUGGUUACACAACUCAACCAUCCUUGAUUGACAAUUCUUGGUUUAAUCCAACAACAAGUGCAUUUUCCUGGGAUGCAAUGUUUGGAGCCGGAGGUAUGCCAGUCACCCAUGUAGCCACUGUGUCACCAUUCAACCCAAACCAAGACAUACUCAAUAACAUAUACGACCCCCUAAGUCCUGAUAUACACGUACAAAAUACUGCAGUAAAUCAACACAUGGAGAAUUUUGGGGUGGGCACAUUCACUACACCUUUUCUACUUCCUUCAAGUAGUUUUGGUAGAAUAAUGCCUUCAACUCCACAAAUUCGACCGACGCGCGAAGUUAGGUCAAGAGUACCAACAGAUUCAAUUGUAGAUCCUAAUGGCAAACUUGCUGUAGAAUCAGAUGAUAAACCUACAACAAAGGCUUUUAUAUCUUAUAAUAUCCAUACAACAGUUAAACCGAAAGCUGGAAAUGUUAAAACGCAAGAAACUACACCAAAAACACAAACUCCACAAUGGAACCCUUCAACGGUAAAACCAUACAAAAUUAAAACGGCGAAACCUUCAACAAAAACAUAUAUUGCAUCAUUUAGUACUUCGACACCUAAACCUUUCAUAUUGAGAACGGAAAACCCUUCAUCAAAAGUUAAAACGAAUAGUCAAGGACCUUUAGAAAUAUUUAAAAUAUUUAACACAAAGGGAGGUUUACAAAAACCUGGAAAUUUUAGUAUCGCCACACAGCCUGAAAAAGUAACAGAGCCAUUGCUUAUUAAACCUUCAACAAAGUAUAACCUAGUUUCAAAAGGCUUUGAUACAACAACAAGUCGGACUGUGUUGCCUCUUGGUACUUUACAACCCCCAGUAAUUGCUUUACAAAACAAACAAGAUGUAAAGACAGUUUAUGAUGAAUCUAAACCAAGCCCUGCUACUCCCAUGAUUCAGAGCCAAACUACAAUAACACCUCGAUUACCUGUUACAAGUAUAAUUCAAACAUUUUGGAAAACAGGAGAUGUCCAACCAACAACACUCCCACCGGUAACAGUUGCUGUUCCCACUUCGAUCGGUAGUCUCCAAACUCAACCAUCAACAAACUUCUACUGGAACCAGGGCCAAAGUCGGGUCCUUCCCUCAGACAUGAUAUCAAACUGGUGGGAACAAGUUCAACCAACAGCUGCGCCUACCGUCUUCGUCACACAACAAACGCCUACCCCUACGGCGGUGUCAAGUCUUGACCAGUGCUACCAAAUGCAAGAUAAUACAGGAUUUUGCCAGUCAAGAAAUUCCGGCCAUUAUAAAAACCCAGCAGAUUGUCGCUCUUUUUACGUUUGUAUAUGGGGAAUUUUACAUAACUGUGCUUGCCCAUCCAGCACUAUGUUUGACGAUAAUAUAAAAGUAUGUAACUGGGAUCAUCUUGUCACGUGUAAAUGAAUUUUGAAUAGUUUUACCACGCGCCACUUUGUGAUUAUCUUGUCACGUGUAAAGGACAUGUUAAACAGUUUUUUUUCCAUUUGCCAACGGUGGAUUUCUUGUCACUUGAAGAUAAUUUGAUCACGUGUCAGUUGGUGAAAAUUUAAUCACGUGAUAAACAGUUUAGUGCUUCUGAUUGUGUGACUUUACAAAUACAUAUAGUGAAAAAAAUGGAAACAUCAUCCAGAUUUGAUUGUCCUUAUACUAAAGGGGUUAUUUUUCAUUUUAUUGUACACGUGUCUUUGCAUAAUCCCUUUGAGUCAGUGUCGCUAGUAUUAAAAAGUUUGUAAUGAGGAAAUUCGUGCAUAUGUCACCUGGGGAAAUAUUUAAUUAUUCCAUUGUGUGUUGUACAUUUUAAAAGGAAAAGUAUUUCUACAAGUGAUAUGUCGAACCAAAAUAAGUAUAUGUUAUUUUUUAACAAAAUUGCAAUGAUAUGGCAUCAUCGAAACACCAACAGAGGGUUCUGUUGUCUGUUAGAAAACAAGAUAAUUUUUGGUUUGUUCAGACUUCACAUUCUAUAGUUUUCUGUACCAGAUAAAUGUAAAAGUUUCAAGUCUUUAAAACCCAGUUAUUAUGUGACCAAUUAUUUUGCUUUCAAAUUUGUGUAGUUUGUUUCGAAUUUUGCAAAAAAGUAAGAUGUAUUUUUACAAAGAAUAGUUAUGUACAAAUAAAUAUAUGAUAUUUACAUUU